GUUAUCCAUAGUGUCGAGAUUAUUGUAAUUAUCUAAAACAUGAUGCAGCAGUUCAUGGAGACUUCUAUCGAAUGUACAUGUAUAACAUGUCUGUGGCUCGCCCAGGCCCAGUUCGAAGCAGCAAAACAGAGAUCUCGUCGACACCAGAGAGGAAGAGGUUCCUGCGUCCUAUUCAUACUCGACGUGUCUGAGAGUAUGAGAGGAAGAGCUUUCAGGGAAAUGAAGACAGCGGUCAUGGACAUUCUGGAUGAGUUUGCACAGCAUAGACCACACCUUGAUGAAAAUGUUUCUGUAAUAGUCUGUGGACAGGAAACUAAAUUUCUUCACUACUACUCAAACCAAUAUGCUGCAAUUAAACAGAGCAUAGAUGAACUGGAAUGUUCCGGACCAUCUCCCUUGACUGCUGCCUUCCUCUUAGCUCUUGGUGGACUACUCGAAGGAGCAGCUUACAGCUCAGAUGUUGGAGACUUCAUUUUGCAUCCCCGGGUAGUCGUUUUCACUGACGGCAAACCAACGGACUUCAGGAACUUAAACGCCAUUGACAGCGAAGCGGAAUUAACACCCGAUGACGGUCUAAUAGCAACCCUCUGUUCGCAUACCUAUCGAAUAGGAGUACGUCAUCCGAUUUUCUGUUUUCCAGUCGGAGAAAACCCCAAUUACGAUUUAUUGUACACAAUAUCGUCGCUGUCUAAUGGAGGAAAAGUUUUGGAGAUUCGUAAAGCAAAGUGUUUUGGACGUUACAUUAUCCACCAUGUAGCAGCGGAUUUUAUUUCAAAGGCAGGAAAUGAGAAAAUGAUUGAAAGACAAAACUUGAGAUUUCUCGCUGAGCUCGUACUUCCUACUGAGACAUAUGAUGAGGACGAUUUGGAUAUCAUAUACGAGUUGAUACAGAAUAGAGAAGGAAUUCUCAGAACCCAAAAUAAAAUGGAUGAAGACGCAGAUGAGUUCGUUUUUAAAGAAAAAUAUUCCACGGUCCCCGGUCUUGGUACAAGAGUCUGCCGUGGCCCCCACUGGAGAUUUCAAAACCAGGACAACAGGGGAAAUGGAACUAUAGUUGGACACGGAGAUGCAGCUGGUGUUGUUCUUGUGGAAUGGGAUACUGGGGAGCGGUUUGUCUACAACUACGGAAUAAACGAAGUAUAUGAUAUUGUGGUUUGUGAGGAACCAAGAACUUCUAUUGAUGGUUUUGUUGCUGUUGGGUGUUUUGUAAAGAGGGGCCCUGACUGGAAAUGGGAGAAUCAGGACGGCGGGAAGGGUUCUAUAGGAACAGUUUACCGAGUGAUGGAUAACGCCAGCGUUUACGUUCGAUGGCCCUGUGGACGAAUGGGUAACUACAGAUUCGGAUACGACGGAAAAUACGACAUUGAAGUUUGCGACCCGUUUUCUCCGGACGUGAAGAAAGCUGUAACAGAACAACGGCGUACAUCAGGAAUGCCUGAUUCACUCCACAGCCUUCCUUCAACUGAUUUAAAGGGUGAUUGUGCUGCGAAGGGAUCACACUACAAUAAACCCAAUAAAAGACAUGGAAAUAAAGAUGAUACGGAAACUUCAGCAUGUAUUACUGAAAAAUCAGAUCUUUGCUCAAAUGAUGUCAUGUUACAUAAUGAAGCUAGAGUUGAUUCAACUGAAACCAAAGAUUUCUACAGAUCUAAAUUAAACAUACGAACGGGCCAAGCAGCGAGUACUGCUAGGACAAAUGCGAUUGACUCUAGUUCGGAACCCCGUUCUCCUAUCGAAGUCGAUGGCUUACAAACUGAUUCUAAAACCAAUCUUAGUCCAAAUAAUGUUUUACAUACUGGAGAAGUGGGGCGUUCUGUGGAUAUUACAAAACCCGUUAGUCCAAAUGAAUUUCAAAACACAUUGCCUGUUAUACAAAACAAUGCCACUGGUGAUUCUAGUCGGUGCUGGCAGUGGAGGGACUCCCACGGCCUCUGGGUAGACUAUCCUGAUCAUGUGAAUGAUUUUAUCAACCACAGACUUCAACAGUGUCCUCAGGCCACGGUUGUCAUUAAUCUUAGCGAUCAAAGUUUCAGACUUGUAGCAUCCAGAAUGAUUCAGAUCAACACAAACACAAAGGAGACGCACCGAGUUAGAUGGAAGAAUACGUAGAAGCUGUUUGGUACUGUAAAGGAUCAACACCAGUAGAGGAACAAAGAGUGUCAUUAAACGUAUUGUAGAAUUAUUACUUUAGGGGUGUCAGCGAGUCCAGUCACUCCUCAUAUCAUACCAUACGCCAGAAUUGGUGUACAUUAAAUAUGGACUCUAAAAACUUCUAAAGAACUAAGAAAUUUGAAAUUACAAAACUUUCCUCAAAUCAACAUAAAAAUGUACGACUUUGCAACACUUUAUACGACCAUUCCCCACGAUAAUUUAGAGACUGGAACUUUUGAAAUCAAAGAAAGUUGCUUCUUCAGCAAAACGGAAAAAGGAAAUAUUCAUAUCUAGUGAUCAACCAUGCACAAAUAUGCUUUGUUAAACACAACUAUUUUACGCACUAGUACUCUGAGGUUCAUAUCAAAAAGAUGCUGGAGUUCCCCAAUAACAAAAUUUUCGUAGUUUUUCGUGAUCUGGUCUUCCAACAGUCUGUUGGAAUUCCCAUUGACAAGAAUCGUGCUCCUUUAUUAGCUGACCUCUUUUUUAUAUUCUUACAAAGCAGAAUUUAUUCAAAAGCUUCUACAUGAGUAGAAAAAACUUUUUUGCUGUGGCCUUCAGUUCGACGUUUAAGUAUAUAGACGUUUCAUCUAUUAACAAUAAUCAUUUCAAUUCAUAUGACGAUUCUAUAUACUCCAGUGAUAUCGAAAUAAAAGACACCAUAGAGUCUCCCACAUCUGCUUCGUACUUCGAUAUUUUAUUGAAAGUAGAUAUUAACGACAAACUAACAACUCAACUUUAUGACAAAGGGGGUGAUUUCAGCUUCUCCAUUGUCAACUUCCCAUAUUUAUGUAGCAAUAUACCAUUAUCACCUGCAUAUGGUGUUUAUAUCUUUCAACUGAUUCGAUAUCCUAAAGGUUGUUCUGCAAAUGAACAGUUUAUAAAUGGAGGCAGGCUACUCACAAACAAGAUAAAUUUACAGGGGUUUCAACAUUCUCUUUUAAAGUCAACAUCUUAAAAUUUCAUGGUCAUUGUAAUUACCUAAUUUCCAAUAAACAUCGUUCAUUAGGUCAAAUGCUGUCUGACGUGUUUCAUAUCAAUUGUUAGGCCGUUCGUGGCACACUUAUUUUAACUUAGGAUUACUCCGUUUAUCUGAUCAAAAUGUAGGGCUCAUGGCGGGUGUGACCGCUCGACAGUGGAUGCUUACUCCUCCUAGGCACCUGAUCCCACCUCAGGUAUAUCCAGGGGUCCGUUUUGUCCAACUCUUAGUCUGCAUUCCUUGUGGGAGUUAAGAGAUUGGUCACUGUUCGUUAUUUUCACUAUAUAACCAAUAAUAAUAAGUCUCACUGUAUAGCCAGUUUCCUUCCUUUAUAGUGAGGAGUACAGUCUUACUAGUCCUUUUCGCUAUGAUUUACAUGUGUUGCUUAAGAUACAAGAACAGUUUUAUUUAUCCGCUGUUUGAAUUCAGUUUACAUGACUUUCCAAAAUUAGGUACCUUUAAAAAGACCGAUUUGGUAUCAGUCGAUAUGGCUUCUUGGCCAGUGCAUGAGGUUGUGUCAACAAAGAAUAUUUUCAUGUUUUUGAUAUCCGAAGAACAACCUCAAUUUGAAGUGUCACAAUAUAUCCAAUAUAUAUAUUUAUAAUUAACUAAGGGACUCUGAUGUUCUAUCAUUGUGUACAGUCAGGAGUGGGUGUAAAGAAGCGGCGUAAGAUGGGCUGGGGUGGGAGGGGCGUGGACCAAUCCUCAGAGACAAUGGGUCUGAAGAGUCCGCCAUUAAGCCUCCUCGGUGUCCAUGGCAAUGCCCUGGUUGGGCAUAAGAUGAAGGCCCUGGUUUUAUAGAGUAGACCCCCUCCUCAGUAGGUUCUCCCUCCGGAAAAUCUACUUCAUGCCUGGCCAUUUCGUAUUACAUUAGGAGAAUUUAGGAUUGUGGAAGAUCCAGAGGGAUGUUUACGACCUACAUGUAUGUUAAAAAUGCAAACGUCAUUAUCUAUUCACUAUGUUAGUGAUUAAACUAGUAAUGUAGGUGUUUAGCGUAAAAACAAGAAAAGACUACUCCUAUUUUUUCUCAGGGUGUUCGGUUGCACUAUAUAUUUACAAGUAUAUACUCAAAAGUAAGAUAUAUAACCAAACACUCUUACUUGUAAUUCAUUUAUAAAAAAAAAAUAUUAAUUGAAAGUACUCAAUUUAUCAUAGAGAUAUUUCGAAUUCAGUUAUACCACGCAUUAAUUCAAUUAUCCAUUAAGUAUUUUUGAAUAUUGAUUGAGAUUAAGUAGAACUGAUAAUUGUGUUUUGUAAGCCUGUUAUAAUCAUAUAAUGUCACAUGAUAGCUGGAUUUUGAACAUUAAGGAAGAGUUGUCAAAGUUAGGAUUGUAUUGCAUAUGGGAUAACAUCGAUCAAAGUAAACUUAAUUCUGUAUACAGUAUUACACAGCAAAGGAUAUUGGAUGUAAAUAUUUAAAGAAAACACAACAUUUUUUUCAACGGUGUCACGUUCUUCUAAAAGGCAGGAUUUUUUCUCAAUAUGUUGUUGAUGAAUUUGUCUCGCAAUCCUUGUCGGCAUAAAGAAUUGAUUUGAAAUAUAAAUAACAAAGUUUGGAAUUUCUAUGCAUAGGCAUUGUGUAACCUGGAGUAAAUUUUAAGCUAAAAUCUCUUUCUUACGUAAUAGUGCUACAAAUUGCUAAAUAGUUUGAAUAUAAUUGUUUUAACUUGUAUUAUUUGCAAAAUUUACAAAUGUCUAUGUUGGACAAAUGUACACGCAUGCCAUCAAUCUGAUGAACUUGUUGGUUUGAAGAUCGAGUAUCGUUAGUUGAGGAGUACUCAAUAUAUAGUAUUUUCACUACAUUUAAUUAUAUCAUUCAUUCAUUCCAAUCUUGCAAUGAUCAAUUAAUUGUUAUGACAUCAAUAUUUCAAAUAAAGAUACCAUCAAGUUAUCAAAU